CGCUCAUGCUAGAUACCAGCCCGCCAGCAUCCAUGGCUGGAGGCACCUCACAUCGUUGUGUUUUUCUGAUCGAAAACUUGAGCUUGGCCAUGAGUUUCAAAGCCGCUAUUCAGAAAAGAGUCAGCCGGCCUCAAAGGUUGUCUCUCAGCCCUUAGAACAAAAAGUGAUUUCCAAUUUUCCCAAAAAGUGAUUUCCAAUUUUCCCUGAAAACGACGAUGUGCAGCUGCGUAUAAGUUUUUGGCCCCACAUUUCAUAGAAGAUGAAUGCGGCUGCUGGCCUCUGCUGUCGGUUUGAGAGCCUGCAUUUUGGGUCUCUUUGCAAUUCGACCCCCUCACCCCUGAGCCGGAAAAUUUGUCUACCUUUUGCUGUCGGUCCAAAUUCUCCCUCGGCUGAUUUAGCAACGAGAUUGCCACAGCAAAAAGGAAGCUUUAGUUUCUUCACCCGCGACCGCACAACUUUUGCCACCACCACUCCUAGAAAAGUUUUGCAAGAGAGAAGCGGACCUGUCGCUGCAGCAUUUGGAGUUGAUUUGCUGCCCCCACCAAUCGACAGAGAUCUGCAGGAACUGCAAGAGGAGCUUGGCGCAGAAUUCUCACCAGAAGGAGUCGUGGUGACGUUCAACAAUGACGCGGAUGCAUUGGAGGCAUCCAAGUCAGGGUUCGCCGUUGUUGAUCUCUCCCAUUUCGGUCGACUACGAGUGUACGACGAUGAUCGGAUACGUUUCCUGCAUAAUCAGAGCACUGCGGACUUCAAUCUUCUGAAACCUGGGCAGGGAGGAGACACCGUCUUUGUGACCAACACAGCUAGAACGAUUGACCUCGUGACGGCGUAUAUCAAGGAAAGCUCCGUCCUCCUGGUAACCUCGCCCUCCCAACGGCGCGAGCUUCUUCCCUAUUUGGACAAGUUCAUCUUCUUUGCGGACAAGGUGAAGCUGCAGGACGUCACGGACCAGUGCUUCAUGCUCGCGCUGGUCGGGCCGCAGAGCAGCCAGGUGUUGGAGGACCUGAGAGCCGGUGACCUGGUUGGCAAGCCGUACGGAACGCACGCUAUGUUUGACUUCCAAGGCAGCCCUGUCAUGAUUGCGGUGGGCAGCGGCCUCGCGACGGACGGGUACACCGUGAUCGCCGACGCCGCGGCGGCGGGGGACUUUUGGAAGACGCUCAUGCAGCAGGGAGGGGUGCCCAUGGGGGCGCGCGCGUGGGAGAGGCUGCGGAUCUUGCAAGGGCGGCCGGUGCCGGGGGCCGAGCUGACGCCGGACUACAACCCGCUGGAGGCCGGGCUCUGGAACACCAUCUCGCUCACAAAAGGCUGCUACAUCGGCCAGGAGACCAUCGCCCGGUUGAUCACGUACAACGGCGUCAAGCAGCACCUGUGGGGCAUCCAGCUGAGCGAAGCCGUGGAGCCCGGCACGGUCAUCACGCUCGACGACGCCAAGGUUGGCAAGGUGACGAGCGUCACAGAAACCGAGAGCGGGUUUUUUGCUUUGGGCUACAUAAGGUCGAAGGUCUGCUCAGAGCCUGGGCUGACCGUGCACGUAGGAAAUGCUGUUGGCAAGGUAGUUGAAAUUCCUUUCGUGCGAAGAACACUUGACGCCUGAAGCCUUUCAUCGAGCGCGCUGCUAAUCGGCUAUGACCAGCACCGGGCCCCACGCCACUCCGGCAUGUAUCGCCAAUGACGAUCGUGCUCAUUGAUCUGGGUGUUUGUGUUGGAGGCAUGUCAUCCG